UUACCAGACGCGCAUUUGUCGAUUCAGAAGGUUUCACUAUCUAAUUGACCAAAUUUAAUUAAUUUUCUCUACUUUAUGAUAUUUUUUCUUUAGUAUAUACAGCAGAAAUUGGACCCGGCAUCCGGCCAAGUACCCACGAGUUAAAAUACUCUUGGCGUUUUCCAUUUCUUCGGCAAGCUUUAUUAUAUCCACUCUCUAUAAAUAUCGAAUAAGUGCUCUUCUCAAUUUCCAUAAGCAAUUUUUUGUUUUAAAAAAAGAAGCACUUAUUUAUGUUUCUUUCUAGAUUCCAACAAUCUUUCUUAGUUACAAAAUCCACCAUGAUCCCAAGUAUUGCCAAUUCAGCUUUCUCAUCACGUUACUAUAAUGUUACUCAUCAUAGUAACGAACAACUUCAAGAAAGAAAACCAAACCUUGUUAAUUGUAGCUUAAUCAGCCCUAAUUUGUCCAUCCAGCCAAAUGUCAGUUCUGAUCUCAAGCCCUCAUUUCUCCAUCAAACUCAUCAGGAUGAAAUGUUACCCUUGAAACAUGAGGAACACAGUGAUAUUGUCCGGAAUCAGCUAAAAGCUUGUGGCAAAGAAGAUUCAUUGAUGGGUUUAUGGUUGGUUGAUGCCAUCCAAAGGCUUGGAAUUGAUCAUCACUUCCGCCAGGAAAUCGAUGAACUGAUGCGUAGACAUUACAUAUGCACUUUGUCAUCGAAAAGUCGUUUUAGUCAUUCUGGUCCUGAUUCCCUUCUUGCAGUUUCAUUGUCUUUUAGGCUUCUCAGACAAGAGGGUUACUACGUGGCCCCAGAUGUAUUUAACAAGUUCACGGACGAGAAAGGGAAAUUCAAUAUGAAAACUGUGAAAGGGGAUAUUAGGGCUUUGAUGGAAUUAUACGAAGCUGCUCAGUUAGGUGUUGAAGGAGAAGACAUACUUGAAGAUGCCGCGAAAUUCAGUUGCCAACACCUUAAUGCAUGGGCGGAGUAUGUCGAUGAUAAUGAUGCAAGCAUGAUUAAAAAUGUUUUGAAGCAUCCGUACCGCAAAAGUUUAGCUCGAUUUAGGUCAAUGAACUUCAAGUCAGCCGAGUUUUUUAGGGUUAAUGGACUUGAAGAAAGUUUGCAAGAGCUGUCAUUUGUUGCAAAUUACAGGGCACAAGAUGUACGUAAGCAAGAAUCACUUCAAGUUUCCAAAUGGUGGGAAGAUCUAGGCAUAGGCAAGAAACUAGAGCAUGCAAGGGGAGAACCAUUGAAAUGGUACCCAUGGCCAUUGCCACUCCUCAAUGAUCUCAGCUUGUCAAAUGAAAGGGUGGCCCUCACCAAAAUCAUUUCUUUCAUCUACCUAAUCGAUGACAUCUUUGAUUACUAUGGGGAGCCUGAACACUUAAAUCUCUUCUCUCAAUCAGUGAAAAGAUGGGAAUUAGGUGCAAAUGAACAAUUACCAGACUACAUGAAGGAGUGUCUCAGUGGUCUUCAAGAGGUCACAAAUGAGGUAGCAGUUCAGAUUCAAAAGAAACAUGGGUUCAACCCCAUUCAGUCCUUAAGGAAGACGUGGGAAGACUUGUUUAGUGCAUUUGUGGUAGAAUCAAGAUGGAUUAAUGCUUCUUCAGGCUCUGAAAACUUGCCAAAGUCAGAUGAAUACUUGCAAAAUGCAAAAGUAACAUCUGGGGUGCAUGUGGUGUUAGUUCACGCAUUCUAUCUCUUGGGGUUUGGUACAAACAAAAGCUCCAUCACACUGGACGACACAUUGCGAAUUACUUCUUCCGUAGCUACUAUUUUUCGUCUUUGGGACGAUUUAGGAUGUUCAAAGGUAUGUAUAUUUACUAAAUAAAUAACCGUUUCAUGUUAACGGCGAGAUUUAUUGUAUCCUUCUCAUCUAUUCCAAUGGACCACCGAAAUAGCUUCUGAUUGUGGUUUGUCAUCUUUCAUUCGUUGUUAUAGUGUCAGGAUGAGGGACAAAUGUGUCAUGAUGGGUCGUACAUUGAUUACUACAUAAACGAACAUGAAGGCGUGGGUGCUGAAACAGCUAGAGACCACGUCUUCAAUAUGAUUUCGGAUGAAUGGAAGAGGCUUAACCUGGAGUUCCUUCGGUUGAACCGCUCAUCAUCGAGUUUCCAAAAGGCUUCCCUUAAUCUGUUGAGGAUGGUCCCUAUGAUGAAUGACCACAAUGAAAUUUAACAUCUUCUUGAUAUCCACACCAGUUGGAAGAUGAUUUUACAAUAUUUAAGAUAGUAAUAAUUAGUUGUAUAAAUAUCUUUUUUUUUUUUUUUUUUUGAAAAUGUAACUUACUACGAGUUUUCCGAUAUGUGAUUAAGUAGUGUGAUUCCAAGUUUGUGUGGUUCCUGGUCAUCACAAUAAUUUUGUGUGGUUCCUGUGCUAUUUUAGGCAUAGUGUCAUAGAUGCCCAAUUCCAGCAACAGACGUUCACUUGUUUGAGGAUCUAUGAAGUCAUUAGCCUCGAAUGCGACGAAUUUGUACUUGUCCUGAUUUCGUUUGUGUGGGAAAUUUAACCAGAGCUCUCUCACUUCAAUUACAAUGGAAGAGUAGGUAGUACUGUUAUUACUGUCUGUGUUUUAGACCCAACAUAACGAGAGUACUGGAAAAUACCCUCCCACUCGUGAUCUGUGGAAGUUAAUAAUAUAUAUGGAAAAAUUUGUACUUUAAAAAAUAUUUAUUUGGCUCGAUUCGAAUUGUUUGAGAGCUCUUGACUCUUGAGACAUUUAUUUUGGCCGUCACGUGUAUGAUAUACCAAAAAGUGUUGAUAUUUUAUUAAUUUUAUUUUGUGCAAGAUUUCUAUAUAAU